AUUGAUGUUCGCCCUUGCCCCUAGUAAAAUUUACGUAUAUUGGAAGCCACUGGAACAGAGCACCGUCCACAGCCAGACUGCUCAUUUUUCAUAAAACCAGUUUCGGAUAUAAAAGUAAAACGAUAGCAACCAAAACAGCCGGUAAACGAAGAUUGACGUCGUACGGUCUCCACUGAUCUGAUAGCCCAAGUUGUGCCGAGGCUGGUUAGUGGCGUAGGGAAUCAAACCAUGACGGAGGACCGCCGCCGAGCCGGACCAUUCUUAUAUCACACUCGCGACUUGCCUCAACUACCAUUCACUUAUUUAUCAUCAUUAUUCUUACUGAAGCCGGCUCCCUUACCUUCUCCUUUAACCCAUCAUUAGCUAUGAGCACAUCAUUAGCGUGAGACUAGACGACCUUAAUUUAAUCCUCGCCUCGCGCAACGACCAUGGCAUCGCUUCCCCCACGGCAAUACAUUUCCGGCAGAACACGGUCUUCUCGAUACAAUUCAUCCAACACACAGGCCCAGGAAGACCCAAGCUCGACGGAUCAUGAAUCGGAAUCUAUGAAUACCACAGGGACCUCUGAGAAUUUGUGUCUCAAUCGCCCAUCUCCCGCUGAAACCGAUCAACCGCAGCUGCCUCGGACAGCUUCAACGGCUCAAAAUGACAAGGGCACGCAAGAAGGCAGAUAUAAACGGGCACAAACAGAGGAGUUAUCAACCUCUGAGGAGCCUCGAAAGUGUUGGAUUUGCUACAGCGAUGAAACCGAGGACUCGCCACUUAAUUCGGACUGGCGCUCCCCCUGCCCCUGUGCUUUAACUGCGCACGAGGCUUGUCUUCUGGACUGGCUGGCUGAGCUUGAAAAUCCCCGUUCGCGCAAACGCAAUGGCGGUGAAACGAAAAUGCGAUGCCCACAGUGCAAAUCAGAAAUCGUCAUUGCACGACCCCGCAGCUACGUUGUCGAUUUCGUUCGGGCCUGCGAGAAAAUCGCUGGCAAACUGGUUUUACCCGGACUGGUCUUCACAUUUGCAGGUACUAUUUGGGCUGGGUGUUGUGCGCAUGGAGUGUACUCGAUAUACCUUGUGUUCGGCACAGAUGACGCCCAGCGUAUUUUUGACCACGGGGCGGAUCAUACAUGGAGUCCUGCUCGAAAUGUCGGGAUUCCUUUCAUUCCUUUGGUCUUAGUAUUCUCACGCUUUCGAUGGGCGGAGGGUGUUCUUCCCGCCAUUCCAGUGUUAUUAUUUGCUACACAUAACCAAGGUGAACUAGAUCCACAGGGCUCUCUUUGGCCUCCAAGUGCUGCUAUGACAUUCGCCGCGUUGCCUUACGUCAAGAGUAUAUAUGGUGCUCUUUAUGAGAGAACAUUUGGGAAACUUGAGCGCAAAUGGAUCGCCGAAGUCCAACCUCGCAGUGGAGAGGAGGAAAACAGUCAAAAUGAAGACCAAGGAGCUGGUCAGCAAGCAGCAUUAGGGGUUGGAAAUGGAGGCAUUCUAAUGGAAUUCGACCUGGAACUGCAGAUCGGGGAUGACGCUCCUGCUUUUGCAGCGAAUGCACCUGCAGAAGCCAAUGUCCCGCUAGAUGAUCAGAAUCGAGACGGCGCAGGGAACGGCCAGAAUCAAGAACAGAAUGCGUUAGGUCGGCGCCGGCAGGAGCUUAUCCAUGAUACAAGCAAUUUUGCAGAUGCAAUCCUGGGUGCAUUAUUGUUUCCGGCAAUUUCGGCUGGCAUGGGUGGGCUUCUGAAACUGGCAAUGCCCAAGUCGUGGACAACACCGCCAUCUGUAUUGGAGAGAAGCAGGGCUGGGCUACUGCAAAGCCGAUGGGGUCGCAGCGUAAUUGGGGGGUGUCUUUUCGUUCUAUUGAAGGAUGCUCUAGUGCUAUACUGCCGAUGGAGACUUGCACAGACCCACCGUAAACGACGGGUAUUGAACUACGAUCGACGGAAGGGGAAGGUUGUACGAUAGAUACAGAACAUGACUAUUAAUGACUACAGUGGGAUGAACCCUUUCUGGCGUUCAGGACUAGGACUUUUAUUUCCUGCGUUUGAGCAGAGUAGGAAUUCAAUGAGAAAUGUAUAUAUGCAAUACCUAAUUCGGCUAAGAUGUUUGGACCUAGGUAUUGAGCAAUGACCCGGCGUUAGAACUUGCUGGAUUACAUCUAAUACAACCAUCUGAAUCUACGUAUCCA